CAUUGCUUCCCGCAGCCAUGUUUUGUUUGCUACGUUGUCAUUCUACGUUGUGUGCGGGGCGCUGUUCACUCACUGUCACUAGCAGCGGUGUGGAACCAGUCUGAGGAUAUCAGGUAGCUAAAUAUUAUUAUAUUUGCUUUAACUGUUGACUUAGCGAUAUCUUUGAGAUAUGUGUUUUUCACAAUUUAUUCGUAUUUUGAAUGUAAUUCUUAACUGACAAGUGUAGUUUGGCGGAUAGCUGAAGCAGGGUGAAAACAUUUUUGACACAUUGCAUUGCCAUUCGCUGGUGCCGGUGGUUUAGUUAGCGGCGUAGCUAGUUAGCUAACUGUUUGCUAACAUGCCAUGGUGAAAGCAAGAAUGACUUCUUCUGUCUACUUUUGACUUAGGCAAAACAAAAAAAAUAUAACUAGGAUAUCCUCCCUGAAACAUUAAACAUUUGUUUUUGGCGUACCCCUGUUAUGUAGCUAGCCAGCCAGCUACCUACCACGUAAGCUAACUUUAACGUAACUUAACUAGCUACAGUAACGUUAAUGUUGUUGUAACUAGAGGGACUGGCUGUGUUCAUUCAAUCAAAAUAGCUUUGCUUGUAAUCCAGCAUCAGUUUGUAAAGCCUGUUGAUUGAUUCACCAUUGAUUUUAUUUGAUUGAUUCAGGUCAGCUAGCUAGCUCGUUAGAUAAAAGCCCAAUACAGUCAGUGUUAAAAUUUUUAAAUACCUUUUGUUAGCCUAACUAGCUAUAAGGACAUCUCUGAUAGAAUAUCAUCUGGUCAAAUAUUGUGUCUGGAGAAAGCAAAGGUAAGUGAUGGUUCAGUACAAUGAGUUUACUAGCCAACUAAACUAUGUAUACCCUUCUAUUUAUUCAGAUUCAGUGUGUGUUUUCAAAGUAAGUUAUUUUAAACCGAUUUUAUCAGUGGGUGAAAAAGUGGAUCACAGUCAGGAUCAUAUUCUGGUAUUUAGUUCUAGCCAUGAUUUUAGCCCCAUUUAGACGUAAACCAGAAUUUCCCAUAGGUUAAAUCAUAUUUGGCUGCAUUUCCUCUGCCCCUUUAUUGAUAUGACACAUUCAAAUUGGUAGUAAGCCUGCUGGAGUGUAACGUUAUGCUCAAAGUCCAAAAGGGUAUCUCAGAACACAGGACAGGUAAAUGGGCUAAUAAAAACAGCCAAGCCAGACGAAUAAUUUAUUACAUUUGUAAAGUGUUUUUUUAUAUGUACAGAAAAAAUCUCAGAGCAUAAAAAAAUAAAUAUGUAAUAAUAAAUAACAAAAAGGAAAAAAUAAAUAAUGAUAAUAUCAUAAGACUCAUUGCAGUGCAGUGGACUAUUAUAUUAUUCAUGCUAUGUUGAAAUAUCAAAUGCAAUCAUGACCAUAAAAUGUAUAUAUUGCUAUAACAUGCAGACACUCCUUUCCCUCCCUCUGUCUGUAGUUCUCGGAGGGUGCUAUGGCGACCUUCCCAGAGUUUAUUGCACAGAAUGAGGAGCGUGAUGGGGUGCGCUUCAGCUGGAACGUCUGGCCCUCUAGUCGUCUGGAGGCCACCCGCAUGGUGGUCCCCGUUGCCUCUCUGUUCACCCCUCUGAAGGAGCGCCCAGACCUGCCCCCCAUCCAGUAUGAGCCUGUGUUGUGUAGCAGGGCGACCUGUCGCGCUGUCCUCAACCCGCUCUGGUAAGUGAGGCAACAAUCCUCAUUCACUUACUUAAACAUAGGGUUGCAAAAUCCUGGUAACUUCCUGGAAAACCAGGGAAUUUUGGGAAAGUAAAUGAUUCCCUAUUCUCUCUCUUCCUCAUUAAUUUAUACUUAUCAAUUUAUAACUGUCAUCAUCAGGUGAUUUGUACUGUACAUAUCCUUGGGCAAUCCUCAAAAGGUUCACAUGUAACCCACUGAAAAAAUUAUUGUAGCCUAAACUGUGUGGUCCUUCUCUGUUUGAACUCUAUCAAUUGAUCUCUCAACCUAGCCAAGUGGAUUAUAGAGCCAAACUGUGGGCUUGCAACUUCUGCUAUCAGAGAAAUCAGUUUCCGCCUACCUAUGCUGGGAUAUCAGAGGUCAACCAGCCAGCCGAGCUGCUGCCACAGUUCUCCACCAUUGAAUAUGUGGUCCAGGUAAGGUUUCCCUUUGAUCACAGCUUUUUCCAGAUAACCAGCUAUCACUCACAAUAAGGACGUUGAUUAUAUAAUAAAUACAGUAUUUUGAUUUAAUCUAAAUUAGAUAUAGGCCUUCGUUUUGAUAUGUUUUAGUAAAGAUUCAACAGCAUAUCAGAUAAUCGCAUACCUACCUCAGUUUUAUAUCUCCUACAGAGAUGUAUUAGUUCUCAUUUAGAACAUAAAAUCAAGCAUGCAACGCCAUGGCUCUGAGUUUGCCUUCCCUGGCCCCCACAGAGAGGUCCCCAGAUGCCGCUGGUCUUCCUGUAUGUGGUGGACACCUGCAUGGAGGACGAGGACCUGCAGGCUCUGAAAGAGUCCUUACAGAUGUCCCUGUCCCUGCUGCCUCCUACGGCCCUGGUGGGCCUCAUCACCUUUGGACGCAUGAUCCAAGUACACGAGCUGGGCUGCGAGGGCAUCUCCAAGAGCUACGUCUUCAGGGGAACCAAAGACCUCAACGCCAAACAAUUGCAGGAGAUGCUGGGCUUGACCAAACCCACUGCUGCACAGGCAGGACGGGGACCACAAGCUCCACAGGCCCCCCUCUCCAACAGGUAAACCACUACAUAGCUACAGCAUUGGUUUGACUUGGCAGUACAUACACUAAAAUAAUUUGGGAUGAAACAAAACAAGUCUUAACUUAAAACUUAUUUCCAUUUUGUUGUGUUGCUUAGAUUCCUCCAGCCAGUCCAGAAGAUUGACAUGAACCUGACAGACCUGCUUGGAGAGCUGCAGAGAGAUCCCUGGCCUGUCACUCAGGGAAAACGUCCCCUCCGCUCCUUAGGGUCAGCCAUGUCCAUUGCUGUUGGCCUGCUGGAGGUAAGACCUGGACAGAAAUAUAAUUUACCUCACUACAGACCUGGGUUCAAAUAACAUUUUAAAUAUUUCAAGUACUUUGGCUUGAUUGAUUUUGCCUGGCACAAUUGCACCAAUGGAAAAAGUUGCGAAAGUGCAAACUCUGUCCAUCUGGCAUCUCAGGCAGACUCAAGUAAACGCUUUCAGUGUUUUAAAGAUUUAGAAUACUAUUUGAAACCAGGUCUGCUCAUAUUUGUGAUUAAAACAGAAUGGUACAUAUUUCAAUGACACCAUUGUCAAAUCCGCUGUAUGAAGUGGGAUUUGUAAGAUGUUUAAACCUAUUACGUUGUGGUUAUGGGUCUGUGUUUGUUUGCAUUGUUUACUCAGCUUCAUAGAAAUGUUUUGUAAUUAAAUGUCCCUUUUUUCCACCAUCCAUUCCCCUUCCAGUGCACCUUCCCUAACACUGGUGCACGCAUCAUGACCUUCAUCGGUGGGCCAGCCACUCAGGGCCCAGGCAUGGUGGUAGGAGAUGAGCUGAAGGCCCCUAUUCGCUCUUGGCACGACAUUGAGAAGGACAACGCCAAGUUCAUGAAGAAGGGGACCAAAGUAAGUUUGGCUAAACCUUUUUACUGUUGACUUUGCCUGUUAUUUAGCUGGGUGUACCAUGAUCUGAACUUUUUUCAGGUCUGUUGCAACUGUCUGUAAAUUAUGAUAAAUGCUCAAGUAAUGUGUUACAGCACAUUAAAGUGAGACAACCAGUUAAUGGCUAGAUGUGUUUUUUAGCAUAACAAAUUACAAACAGGCACUCCUUUCUUCUUUAUAUUAUAUUGGAUCCUCAUUUUGUCCUGCUCCUGUAUAAAGUUUGGAUAUGUGUAAAAACCCUUUCCUUCAUUUUCAGCAUUACGAGGCAUUGGCGAGCCGUGCUUCCACCAAUGGCCACAUAAUAGACAUCUAUGCCUGCGCUCUGGACCAGACUGGACUGCUGGAGAUGAAGUGUUGUUCCAAUCACACUGGGUGAGGACGCUCUGUCUGGUGAACAUACAGGUUCCGUCUGAAAUGGCACCCUAUUCCCUAUAUAGUGCACUACUUUUGACCAGGGCUCAAAAGGAGUGCACUAUAUAGGGAAUAGAGUGCCAUUUGGUACGCAUAACACACACGUCAAUCACUCUGGCUUCUCCCCUAGUCCCCUAGUGAGAGGAGAGUUUGUCCUCAGAUCUUCUCCAGUGCUCUCCUCUGAUGCUUUGAGGAGGAAGGAAUCGACGAAUGACUUCUGAGAUUCACCCUGUGUAUCGUUGAACUCAUACGCGUAUAUCUGUUUUUGUAGAGGCUACAUGGUGAUGGCGGACUCUUUCACCACCUCGCUAUUCAAACAAACCUUCCAGAGGGUUUUUACCAAAGAUGUGUCUGGAGCCUUCAAGAUGGCCUUCGCAGGCACCCUGGAGAUAAAGGUAGAACCAUUGCACAGACUGGCUCUAUCUGAAAUGGUACUCUACCUAUAGAGUGUACUACUUAGUAGUGCACUAUACAAUGCCUUCAGAAAGUAUUCAUACCCCUUGACUUAUUCCACAUUUUGUUGUGUUACAGCCUGAAUUCAAAAUGUAUUAAAUAUUUUUAAAAAUUCACCCAUCUACACACAAUCUCUUAUAAUGACAAAGUGAAAACAUGUUUAGACAUUUUUGCAAAUGUAUUGAAAAGGAAAUACAGAAAUAUCUAAUAUCAUAAGUAUUCACAACCCUGAGUCAGCUUUGAGUCGUCUUGGGUAUGUCUGUAUAAACUUUGUACAUCUGGAUUUGGGGAUUUUCUCCCAUUCUUCCUUGCAGAUUUUCUCAAGCUCUGUUAAGUUAGAUGGGGAGCGGCAGUGAACAGCAAUCUUCAAGUCUUUCCACAGAUUUUCAAUGGGAUUCAAGUCUGGCCUUUGGCUGUGCCACUCAAGGACUUUCACAUUGCUGUUCUGAAGCCAUUCCAGCUUUGCUUUGGCUGUAUGCUUGGGGUCAUUGUGCUGUUGGAACAUAAAUCUUUGCCUCAGUCUAAGGUCGUUUGCGCUCUGAAGCAUGUUCUUAUCAAUGAUUUGCCUGUAUUUGCCUCAAUUCAUUAAUCCCUCUCCUUACUAGUCUCCCAGUCCCUGCCUGCGAAAAGCAUCCCCAAAGCAUGAUGCUGGCUCCACCAUGCUUCAUGGUAGUAUUGACUCAGGGUUGUGAAUACUUAAGGACAUGAGAUAUUUCUGUAUUUAAUUUUUAAUACAUUUGGAAAAAUGUCUAAACAUGUUUUCACUUUGUCAUUAUGGGGUAUUGUGUGUAGAUGGGUGAGAAAAUAUAUAUUUAAUCCAUUUUGAAUUCAGGCUGUGAUGAGCUGUGCCUGGUUUUCUCAAGACAUAGCGCUUUGCAUUCAGGCCAAAGAGUAAAAUGUUUGUCUCAUCAGACUACAGAAUAUUUAGCCUUAUGCUGUGUCUUUCACGUGCCUUAUUGCAAACUCCAGGCAUGCUGUCGUGCCUUUUUCUCAGGAGUGGCUUCGGUCUGGCCACUCUCCCAUAAAUCCCAGAUUGGUGAAGUGCUGUAGAGAUUGUUGUCCUUCUGGCAGGUUCUCCCAUCUCUUCCAAGGAACUCUGUAGUUCUGCCAGUGGUCAUUGGUUUCUUGGUCAUCUCCCUGACCAAGGUCCUUCUUGCCCGGUUGCUCAGGUUGGUUGGACGGCUAGCUCUAGGCAGCGUCAGGGUAGUUCCAUAUUUUUUACAUUUCCCAAUGAUGGAGACCACUGUGCUCUUGGAAACGUUCAACACUCUAGAAAUUGUUUUAUACCCUUCCACAGAUAUGUCUCAUGAUAAUUCUAUUUCUGAGAUCUACGGACAGUUCCUUGGACUUCAUGGUGUAGUUUCUACUCUGACAUGCACUGUCAACUGUGGGACCUUUAUAUAGACAGCUGUGUUUCUUUGUAAAUCAUGUCCAAACAAUUGAAUUGGCUACAUGUGGACUCCAAGUUGUAGUGACAUCUCAAGGAUGAUCAAAGGAAAUUGGAUGUACAAUGAGGGUAAAAAGUAUUUGAUCCCCUGCUGAUUUUGUACGUUUUCCCACUGAUAAAGACAUGAUCAGUAAAUAAUGUAAAUGGUAGGUUUAUUUGAACAGUGAGAGACAGAAUAACAACAAAAAAAUCCAGAAAAACUCAUGUCAAAAAUGUUAUGAAUUGAUUUGAAUUUUAAUGAGGGAGAUAAGUAUUUGACCCCUCUGCAAAACAUGACUUAGUACUUGGUGGCAAAACCCUUGUUGGCAAUCACAGAGGUCAGACGUUUCUUGUAGUUGGCCACCAGGUUUGCACACAUCUCAGGAGGGAUUUUGUCCCACUCCUCUUUGCAGAUCUUCUCCAAGUCAUUAAGGUUUCGAGCCUGAUGUUUGGCAACUCGAAACUUCAGCUCCCUCCACAGAUUUUCUAUGGGAUUAAGGCCUGGAGGCUGGAUAGGCCACUCCAGGACCUUAAUGUGCUUCUUCUUGAGCCACUCCUUUGUUGCCUUGGCCGUGUGUUUUGGGUCAUUGUCAUGCUGGAAUACCCAUCCACGACCCAUUUUCAAUGCCCUGGCUGAGGGAAGGAGGUUCUCACCCAAGAUUUGACAGUACAUGGCGCCGUCCAUCGUCCCUUUGAUGCGGUGAAGUUGUCCUGUCCCCUUAGCAGAAAAACACCCCCGAAGCAUAAUGUUUCCACCUCCAUGUUUGACGGUGGGGAUGUUGUUCUUGGGGUCAUAGGCAGCAUUCCUCCUCCUCCAAACACGGCGAGUUGAGUUGAUGCCAAAGAGCUCCAUUUUGGUCUCAUCUGACCACAACACUUUCACCCAGUUCUCCUCUGAAUCAUUCAGAUGUUCAUUGGCAAACUUUAGACGGGCCUGUAUACAGUGGGGAGAACAAGUAUUUGAUACACUGCCGAUUUUGCAGGUUUUCCUACUUACAAAGCAUGUAGAGGUCUGUAAUUUUUAUCAUAGGUACACUUCAACUGUGAGAGACGGAAUCUAAAACAAAAAUCCAGAAAAUCACAUUGUAUGAUUUUUAAGUAAUUAAUUUGCAUUUUAUUGCAUGACAUAAGUAUUUGAUACAUCAGAAAAGCAGAACUUAUUAUUUGGUACAGAAACCUUUGUUUGCAAUUACAGAGAUCUUACGUUUCCUGUAGGUCUUGACCAGGUUUGCACACACUGCAGCAGGGAUUUUGGCCCACUCCUCCAUACAGACCUUCUCCAGAUCCUUCAGGUUUCGGGGCUGUCGCUGGGCAAUACGGACUUUCAGCUCCCUCCAAAGAUUUUCUAUUGGGUUCAGGUCUGGAGACUGGCUAGGCCACUCCAGGACUUUGAGAUGCUUCUUACGGAGCCACUCCUUAGUUGCCCUGGCUGUGUGUUUCAGGUCGUUGUCAUGCUGGAAGACCCAGCCACGACCCAUCUUCAAUGCUCUUACUGAGGGAAGGAGGUUGAUGGCCAAGAUCUUGCGAUACAUGGCCCCAUCCAUCCUCCCCUCAAUACAGUGCAGUCGUCCUGUCCCCUUUGCAGAAAAGCAUCCCCAAAGAAUGAUGUUUCCACCUCCAUGCUUCACGGUUGGGAUGGUGUUCUUGGGGUUGUACUCAUCCUUCUUCUUCCCCCAAACACCGCGAGUGGAGUUUAGACCAGCUCUAUUUUUGUCUCAUCAGACCACAUGACCUUCUCCCAUUCCUCCUCUGGACCAUCCAGAUGGUCAUUGGCAAACUUCAGACGGGCCUGGACAUGCGCUGGCUUGAGCAGGGGGACCUUGCGUGCGCUGCAGGAUUUUAAUCCAUGACGGCGUAGUGUGUUACUAAUGGUUUUCUUUGAGACUGUGGUCCCAGCUCUCUUCAGGUCAUUGACCAGGUCCUGCCGUGUAGUUCUGGGCUGAUCCCUCACCUUCCUCAUGAUCAUUGAUGCCCCACGAGGUGAGAUCUUGCAUGGAGCCCCAGACCGAGGGUGAUUGACCGUCAUCUUGAACUUCUUCCAUUUUCUAAUAAUUGCACCAACAGUUGUUGCCUUCUCACCAAGCUGCUUGCCUAUUGUCCUGUAGCCCAUCCCAGCCUUGUGCAGGUCUACAAUUGUAUCCCUGAUGUCCUUACACAGCUCUCUGGUCUUGGCCAUUGUGGAGAGGUUGGAGUCUGUUUGAUUGAGUGUGGGGACAGGUGUCUUUUAGGUCUGUGAGAGCCGGAAUUCUUACUGUUGGUAGGUGAUCAAAUACUUAUGUCAUGCAAUAAAAUGCAAAUGAAUUACGUAAAAAUCAUACAAUGUGAUUUUCUGGAUUUUUGUCUCUCACAGUUGAAGUGUACCUAUGAUAAAAAUUACAGACCUCUACAUGCUUUGUAAGUAGGAAAACCUGCAAAAUCGGCAGUGUAUCAAAUACUUGUUCUCCCCACUGUAUGUGCUUUCUUGAGCAGGGGGACCUUGCGGGCGCUGCAGGAUUUCAGUCCUUCACGGCGUAGUGUGUUACCAAUUGUUUUCUUGGUGACUAUGGUCCCAGCUGCCUUGAGAUCAUUGACAAGAUCCUCGUGUGUAGUUCUGGGCUGAUUCCUCACCGUUCUCAUGAUCAUUGCAACUCCACGAGGUGAGAUCUUGCAUGGAGCCCCAGGCCGAGGGAGAUUGACAGUUAUUUUGUGUUUCUUCCAUUUGCGAAUAAUCGCACCAACUGUUGUCACCUUCUCACCAAGCUGCUUGGCGAUGGUCUUGUAGCCCAUUCCAGCCUUGUGUAGGUCUACAAUCGUGUCCCUGACAUCCUUGGAGAGCUCUUUGGUCUUGGCCAUGGUGGAGAGUUUGGAAUCUGAUUGAUUGAUUGCUUCUGUGGACAGGUGUCUUUUAUACAGGUAACAAGCUGAGAUUAGGAGCACUCCCUUUAAGAGUGUGCUCCAAAUCUCAGCUCGUUACCUGUAUAAAAGACACCUGGGAGCCAGAAAUCUUUCUGAUUGAGAGGGGGUCAAAUACUUAUUUCCCUCAUUAAAAUGCAAAUCAAUUUAUAACAUUUUUGACAUGUGUUUUUCUGGAUUUUUUUGUUGUUAUUCUGUCUCUCACUGUUCAAAAAAAGCCUACAAUUAAAAUGAUAGACUGAUCAUGUCUUUGUCAGUUGGGCAAACGUACAAAAUCAGCAGGGGAUCAAAUACUUUUUUCCCUCACUGUAUAUUUAAUCUAUUUUGAAUUCAGUUUGUAACAAAACAAUGUGGAAUAAGUCAAGGGGUAUGAAUACUUUUUGAAGCCAUUCAGAAUAGGGAAUAUGGUGCCAUUUCAAAAGCAGCCACUGUGUUCCAAUAUCCACACUAACAUACCACUACAAUACAUUACAUUGCUUUUACGUAGUGUGUAAGAUAUUGUAAUAGAGCCACAUUGAUAGGUGAUUUAAUCCAUUAAACAUUAUGGAAAAUAUCAGAUUUCUUAACCCUUUUACCAAAUAGAAUUGUACGCAAAAUGCAAAUAUGUUCUAAUAUCAUCUGUCCUUCAUUUCAGACAUCUCGAGAGAUCAAGAUUUCAGGAGCCAUCGGGCCGUGUGUGUCAUUAAAUGCCAAAGGACCGUGUGUAUCUGAAAAUGUGAGUCCACGUCAAAUACAUAGAUCAGUGCCCUAAUACUCUACAGGGCAAUUCCACGAUAACGGAAUUGAGCUGAGACUGAGAUUUUUUUGUUUUACUCAAAAUGUAUGCAGUCUCCUGAGUGGCGCAGUGGUCUAAGGCUGUGCCACUAGAGAUCCUGGUUCGUAUCCAGGCUCUGUCGCAGCCGGCCGCGACCGGGAGACUCAUGGGCGGCGCACAAUUGGCCCAGCGUCGUCCAGGGUAGGGGAGGGAAUGGCCGGCAGGGAUGUAGCUCAGUUGAUAGAGCAUGGCGUUUGCAACGCCAGGGUUGUAGGUUCGAUUCCCACGGGGGGCCAGUAUAAAAAUAUAUAUAUAUGUAUUCACUAACUGUAAGUCGCUCUGGAUAAGAGCGUCUGCUAAAUGACUAAAAUGUAAAUGUAAAAUGUAUGCCAAACAAAAAACAUUGGUUUUCAAAGUUUAGCAAACCAUACAACUCUAUGCAGAAGGACUACUUUUAACAAUUUACACUGAAAAUGUUACAAAAACAUUUACUGGAAGAACGGUACAGAUGCAAAGUUUAACAGAAUUUCUGUAAAAUCUCCCUUAGUUUGUGACCACGUUUCCCAAAAACUCUGUUAAAUAUCUGCUCCAAAUUAAGAUGUCUGCAGAAAGAAUGGGGUGUCAGCUAUAACAUGACACCUUGACUUUGAAAAUAUAUAUAUUUUGAUUAUUGAACUACACUGAACAAAAAAUAUAAACGCAACAUGUAAAGUGUUGGUCCCAUGUUUAAUGAGGUGAAAUUAAAGAUCCCGAAACUUUCCAUACGCACAAAAAGCUUAUUUCUCUCAUUUUGUGCACACAUUUGUUUACAUCCCUGUUAGUGAGCAUUUCUCCUUUGCCAAGAUAAUCCAUCCACCUGACAGGUGUGGCAUAUCAACAAGCUGAUUAAGCAGCAUGAUCAUUACACAGGUGCACCUUGUGCUGGGGACAAUAAAUGGGCACUCUAAAAUGUGCAGUUUGGUCACACAGCACAAUGCCACCGAUGUCUCAAGUUUUGAGGGAGCAUGCAAUAGGCAUGCUGGCAGCAGGAAUGUCCACCAGAGUUGUUGCCAGAGAAUUGAAUGUUCAUUUCUCUACCAUAAGCCGCCUCAACGUUGUUUUAGAGAAUUUGGCAGUACGUCCAACUGGCCUCACAACCGCAGACCACGUGUAUGGCGUCGUGUGGGCGAGCAGUUUGCUGAUGUUAUGGGCAGGCAUAAGCUACGGACAAUGAACACAAUUGUGUUUUAUCGAUGGCAAUUUGAAUGCACAAAGAUACCGUGACGAGAUACCGUGAAGAGAUCCUGAGGCCCAUUGUCGUGCCAUUCAAUGCCAUCGCCGCCAUCACCUCAUGUUUCAGCAUGAUAAUGCACUGCCCCAUGUCGCAAGGAUCUGUACACAAUUCUUGUAAGCUGAAAAUUUCCCAGUUCUUCCAUGGCAUGCAUACUCACCAGACCCAUCUGAGCAUGUUUGAGAUGCUCUGGAUUGACAUGUAGAACGGCGUGUUCCAGUUCCCGCCAAUAUCCAGCAACUAAUGCACAACCAUUGAAGAGGAGUGGGACAGCAUUCCACAGGCCUGGGGCCUGCCGAGUGGCGCAGCGGUCUAAGGCACUGCAUCGCAGUGCUUAAGGCGUCACUACAGACCCGGGCUGUGUCACAACCGGCCGUCCCAUAGGGCGGCGCACAAUUGGCCCAGCGUUGUCCGGGUUAGGGGACAAUUUGGCCGGGGGGGGGGGGCUUUACUUGGCUCAUCACGCUCUAGCGACUCCUUGUGGCGGGCGUUUGCAGGCUGACUCCAGUCGUCAGUUGAACGGUUUUCUCCGAUACAUUGGUGCAGCUGGCUUCCAGGUUAAGCGGGCAGGUGUUAAGGAGUGCAGUUUGGCGGGUCAUGUUUCGUAGGAUGCAUUACUCGACCUUUGUCUCUUCCGAGCCCGUUGGGGAGUUGAAGCGAUGAAACAAGAUAGUAAUUAAAAUUGGGAGAAAUAAUAGGUUAAAAAAAUAACUUCCACAAUCAACAGCCUGAUCAACUCUAUAUGAAGGAGAUGUGUCGCGCUGCAUGAGGCAAAUGGUGGUCACUGGUUUUCUGAUCCACGCCCCUACUUUUAAAAAAGGUUUCUGUGACCAACAGAUGCAUAUCUGAAAUCCAUAGAUUAGGGCCUAAUUUAUUUAUUUAUUUAAAUUGACUAAUUUCCUUAUAUGAACUGUAACUCAGUCAAAUCUUUUAAAUUGUUGCCUUUAUAUUUUUGUUCAGUAUACGUGAAGUGGAUUUACAUAUGGUAACGGAAUUUCAUCAUGGGUCCCUGAUUUGUACUACACAGAAAUGCAUAAUUAUGGCUAUGAAUGUCAUUCUCCUCAUGGUGUUGUAUCCUAUAUACAAAAUGUGGUGUUCCGUGACCCAGGAAACAAAACUGCUAAAUUUCAACAACAUUACUUAUAGAUAAUGUUAUGAAUCUUCAGUCUUCAAUCAUUGGAGAACAAAUUGGAUGACCUAAGAUUACGGUUAUCCUACCAACGGGACAUUAGAAACUGUAAUAUCUUAUGUUUCACCGAGUCGUGGCUGAACGACGACAUGGAUAACAUACAGCUAGCGGGCUAUACGCUACAUCGGCAGGAUAGAACGGCUGACUCCGGUAAGACAAGGGGUGGCGGUCUGUGUAUAUUUGUAAACAACAGCUGGUGCACAAAAUCAAAUACUAAGGAAGUCUCAAGGUUUUGCUCGCCUGAGGUAGAGUAUCUUAUGAUAAGCUGUAGACCACACUAUUUACCACGAGAGUUUUCAUCUAUAUUUUUCAUAGCUGUCUAUUUACCACCACAAACCAAUGCUGGCAUUAAGAUUGCAUUGAAUGAGCUGUAUAAGGCCAUAAAUCAACAGGAAAACGCUCAUCCAGAUGCAGCGCUCCUAGUGGCCGGGGACCUUAAUGCAGGGAAACUUAAAUCCGUUCUACCUAAUUUCUACCAGCAUGUUAAAUGUGCAACCAGAGGAAAAAAAACUCUAGACCACCUUUACUCCACACACAGAGACGCAUACAAAGCUCUCCCUCGCCCUCCAUUUGGCAAAUCUGACCAUAACUCUAUCCUCCUGAUUCCUGCUUAUAAGCAAAAACUAAAGCAGGAAGCACCAGUGACUCAGUUAAUAAAAAAGUGGUCAGAUGACACAGAUGCUAAGCUACAGGACUGUUUUACUAGCACAGACUGGAACAUGUUCCGGGAUUCUUCAGAUAGCAUUGAGGAGUACACCACAUCAGUCACUGGCUUCAUCAAUAAGUGCAUCGAUGAUGUCGUCCCCACAGUGACCGUACGUACAUACCCCAACCAGAAGCCAUGGAUUACAGGAAACAUCCGCACUGAGCUAAAGGGUAGAGCUGCCGCUUUCAAGGAGCGGGACUUAACCCGGACGCUUAUAAGAAAUCCCGCUAUGCCCUCCGACGAACCAUCAAACAGGCAAAGAGUCAAUACAGGACUAAGAUUGAAUCGUACUAUACUGGCUCUGACGCUCGUCGGAUGUGGCAGGGCUUGAAAACUAUUACAGACUACAAAGGGAAGCACAGCCGCGAGCUGCCCAGUGACACAAGACUUCCAGACGAGCUAAACCACUUCUAUGCUCGCUUCGAGGCAAGCAACACUGAAGCAUGCAUGAGAGCACCAGCUGUUCCGGAUGACUAUGUGAUCACGCUCUCCGUAGCCGAUGUGAGUAAGACUUUUAAACAGGUCAACAUUCACAAGGCCGCAGGGCCAGACGGAUUACCAGGACGUGUACUCCGAGCAUGUGCUGACCAACUGGCAAGUGUCUUCACUGACAUUUUCAACAUGUCCCUGACUGAGUCUGUAAUACCAACAUGUUUCGAGCAGACCACCAUAGUCCCUGUGCCCAAGGACUCUAAGAUAACCUGCCUAAAUGACUACCGACCCGUAGCACUGACGUCUGUAGCCAUGAAGUGCUUCGAAAGGCUGGUCAUGGCUCACAUCAACAGCAUUAUCCCAGAAACCCUAGACCCACUCCAAUUUGCAUACCGCCCCAACAGAUCCACAGAUGAUGCAAUCUCUAUUGCACUCCACACUGCCUUUCCCACCUGGACAAGAGGAACACCUACGUGGGAAUGCUAUUCAUUGACUACAGCUCAGCAUUCAACACCAUAGUGCCCUCUAAGCUCAUCACUAAGCUAAGGAUCCUGGGACUAAACACCUCCCUCUGCAACUGGAUCCUGGACUUCCUGACAGGCUGCCCCCAAGUGGUAAGGGUAGGUAACAACACAUCUGCCACACUGAUCCUCAACACGGGGGCCCCUCAGGGGUGCGUGCUCAGUCCCCUCCUGUACUCCCUGUUCACCCAUGACUGCAUGGCCAGGCACGACUCCAACACCAUCAUUAAGUUUGCCGACGACACAACAGUGGUAGGCCUGAUCACCGACAACGAUGAGACAGCCUAUAGGGAGGAGGUCAGAGACCUGGCCGUGUGGUGCCAGGACAACAACCUCUCCCUCAACGUGACCAAGACAAAGGAGAUGAUUGUGGACUACAGGAAAAAAAAGAGGACUGAGCACGCCCCCAUUCUCAUCGAAGGGGCUGUAGUGGAACAGGUUGAGAGCUUCAAGUUCCUUGGUGUCCACAUCACCAACGAACUAUCAUGGUCCAAACACACCAAGACAGUUGUGAAGAGGGCACGACAAAGCCUAUUCCCCCUCAGGAGACUGAAAAGAUUUGGCAUGGGUCCUCAGAUCCUCAAAUUCUACAGCUGCACCAUCGAGAGCAUCCUGACUGGUUGCAUCACCGCCUGGUAUGGCAACUGCUUGGCCUCCGACCGCAAGGCACUACAGAGGGUAGUGCGUACGGCCCAGUACAUCACUGGGGCCAAGCUUCCUGCCAUCCAGGACCUCUAUACCAGGCGGUGUCAGAGGAAAGCCCUCAAAAUUGUCAAAGACUCCAGCCACCCUAGUCAUAGACUGUUCUCUCUGCUACCGCACGGCAAGCGGUACCGGAGUGCCAAGUCUAGGUCCAAAAGACUUCUCAACAGCUUCUACCCCCAAGCCAUAAGACUCCUGAACAGUUAAUCAUGGCUACCCGGACUAUUUGCACUGCCCCCCCCACCCCAUCCUUUUACGCUGCUGCUACUCUGUUAAUUAUUUAUGCAUAGUCACUUUAACUCUGCCCACAUGUACAUAUUACUUCAACUACCUCAACUAGCCGGUGCCCCCGCACAUUGACUCUGCACCGGUACCCCCCUGUAUAUAUAGCCUCCCUACUGUUAUUUUAUUUUACUUCUGCUCUUUUUUUCUCAACACUUUUUUUGUUGUUGUUUUAUUUUUACUUUUUUGAUAAAAAUAAAUGCACUGUUUGUUAAGGGCUGUAAGUAAGCAUUUCACUGUAAUGUCUGCACCUGUUGUAUUCGGCGCAUGUGGCCGAUUUGAUUUGAAUAUGAACACUGUGGUUCAAAACUUGUAAAAGUUGCACUUUUAUUUUUCUCCUAAAAGUUAUGAUUUCUAGCAUCGAAAUCGUAGCACAUUUUGGGUAAUUUCCCUAGCAACGUUCUGACGUUACUAUGUUUCACCUUGGUUACUUUUGUAAAACACUGGUGCACAAAACGCAUAACUAUUUGUGUGUUCAGUGUUCAUCCUUGCAUAAGCAACAUAUGUAGCCAGUCCUUUACUGAUCCAAAGGAACCCCUAAAUGUUUUUAUUGCACUGCUUUGCUUUAUCUUGGCCAGGUCGCAGUUGUAAAUGAGAACCUGUUCUCAACUGGCUUACCUGGUUAAAUAAAGGUGAAAUAAAUAAAAUAAGGAAAUAUGUUUUAACCAUAUACAGUGGUUUUCUCAGUUUAAUAUAAUACGUUUUGGCAGCUGUAUUUAGCCUACAAGGGCCAUCAUUGCUUUUGCCUGCUAGCCAAACUAAAGACAGCACAACGUUUGCUAGCUAACACAGCUCUCAAAACAUUCAAGGUCCCGACAGCUACAUAAAGCGCUGUUCUGGCAUCUGAGAAAAAUACAUUUAGCAUCUUUCAACAGCUUCUUAUCUCGUAUUAUUUCGGGAUUCCUCCAGUCCGGUACAUACUUGUCUUUACUAUAGUGUACUCUACUGUGCUGUACUGUACUGUCCAAUCUUGUAAAACACAUUUUCCGGACCGGACCAAAUCUGAACCAAUCAUGGAUGUCUAUGUUUGGGCCUAAAGAAGGCCGGUCCAGACUUUUGUGGACGUUGAAAUCAUGGCUGGUCUGGACUGGAUUAAAAAAAAACAUUCAGGGCAGACUGACCAGACUUUUCACACUAUUGCUUUGACCACCAGACGACAGAAAGAAAAAGUUAUCAGCUGAACAUAACAUUAUGCUAGUGUAAGGGAGGACAGUAGCAGGUGACCCAAGUGUGGUUUGUGUUCUAUGAUUUCCCAUUGUAGCCAAUUCAAUUGAAAAUUCCGUUAUCUAUUAAAAUAUUUUUGUGUUGUAAAUUCUGUUAGCGAUUUUGGUAACAGGAUUUCAAGUUUUAAUCACUUAAUAAUUAAUUAACAAAAUGUAUAUCAGUAUAAAAACACUAAUUGAUAGGUCAACUUUUACUUGUUACUUCUGUGAACUUUCAUUAUCCUCCCACAUGAGGGAGAGAAAUGAGAAAAUAUCUUAAAGGCCCAAUGCAGCCGUUUUUAUAUCCAUAUCAAUUCAUUUCUUGGUAACAAUUAAGUACCUUAAUGUAAUAGAUUUCCAUUAAAAUAGGCAAAAUUAGCUUUUUAGCAAAACUAUUUCUCAAGCAAGGAUUUUGUUAGUUCUGAGUGGGGAGGGGAAAACUGAAAAGAAUUGUUAUUGGCAGAGCGGUUUGGAACUCUUUGUUAUUGGCCUAUUAACAAAUUUACCACAUGGUGAUGUCACCAUGGAAAGCCAAAACUCCCGCCCAUGCAAACCUGCUGAUUUAGAAGCUACUGUGUAGAUUGUAUUUUCAACCAGCAACUAUCAAGAAAUGACACUGAUCAAAUCUUUUCACACUUUUACAGUGUUAGUUUCAUCAGCUGUAGUAAAAUAUGAUACAACACACAGGAAAAAUAGAGUUAGGACUGCACUGAGCUUUUAAAUAUGUUUUUUUGGUAACGGAAUUUCAAGGCACAAGGCAAUGUUUCUUAAACUUACAGAAGGCAAAAAAAUUAUCCUAAAUAUAAAUGUUGAUAUUAGUUGGCGGGGUUCUUUACUUCAACAUUAUUGUGUUUUGAUGUAUUUCUAAUAACGUUUAAAUAAUUUUUCUGGUAUAUGUUUUCUAUGAUCCCUUUUCCAUCUGUUGAUAAGAAAUCGAAGCCUUUGCUUAUUCAAAUUUACACCGGCAGCACAACAAAAUAAACUCUUAGCUUACAUUUGACAUGCUACCAUGAGCUUCACAUGUUGGUGCUCAUGGGUCCUUUUCAAUGGAAAUGACCUACAUCAAUGAGCAGAUAUGCAGAACAGUACAGUAAUCUUGUUUUGGAUAAUACUUUUAUCUGGUUGACCCUUUUGUAAAUUUAGUUGUCCAGAAUGUUGUGUCCUGAAUUUUUACUGAAGGAGAUGGAACAACGUUCUGUUUCUGAUCCCUUCUAGAACAAUGUCAUUCUGAUUAUGAUCCCUUCUGUCUGUUUCCUAACAGGAAAUUGGAACAGGGGGCACCUCUCAAUGGAAGAUAUGUGGUCUUGACCACAACACCACUCUGGCAGUGUACUUUGAGGUGGUCAAUCAGGUAUGCAUUCAUAUUACACACUCUGAAUUGUGAUCACUAAGCUACUUGUGUCAAGUGCCAUGUUUUGCGUUCAGUUGUGAUCAGGAGCGAAAGGAAAGGAUGCUGAGUAGUCGUUUUAUAUCACAGUAAUCUGAGAUUAGGCAACCCACAGAGCCAUGUUUGCCAAGAGCAUCUGCUAAAUGACUCAAAUGUAAAUGUACAAAUGUAAACGUUCCACGUGCCAAAGAUUUAGAUAAUUUAAUUGCACCACCAGAGGGCAUACUAGCUAUUCUAUUACUAUGAUAUUCUACUUCUGGACUGACCAGAGGUAAUGGCUAGAGUUGCAUCACUAUGCCACCAGAUGGUGUGCUCGUAUAUGAAACCACUAUGGCCUCUUUAUAAAGCAUACCAACAUUAGCUAGCACAAGAUGGUUCUGAAAUGAUCACGUUCACUCUAACCCAGUAUUUCCUGUUAUGCUAAUCUGGUAGAUUUAAUCUGGUAGCUACAUGUACAUUAUUGUAGACUGUCAGUGUUGCCCAGGGUAUAUUCAUUAAGGAAGAACAUAUUUGACAUUAUAUGAAUCAGUAUUAUUUGUUUUGAUGAAUAUUUAUUUACUGACUGAAAACGGAUUGACUAUUCCUCUCUGACAGACAGUGUUGUUUGUCUGUAAACAGUUUAGCACAGUCUCCAGUGUAAUUCAAAUAUUGAAGUUUAACAUUGUAGUUCAAACUUUUUUCAUCAGAAACUGAAAAUAUAGGAUAGCUAUGGCGGUCUUGGUGUAUGGCCACUAAAGACCACAAUGACCUCACAUUCUUCAAACGGGAGAUGGUUGCCUCUUCUCGGCACAAUGAGCCUUGGUAUAGUCCUCCUUUGUUGAUUAGUCCCAACCUUUCAUUUAAUUCAUUAAUUUGUAUUUAUUUAGCCAGGUAGUCCAGUCAGCAACAAUUGCCACUGUUUUCCAGGGAGUCCUGGGAUCCAUAAAAUCAAUUAUGUGGUUAGUCUGUAGUUAUUUUAAAAGAUGACUCCACAGUGACGGAUUCCUGGUCCAGUGUAAUGUCCUUACUGUGCCCAGGGUCUUUACUAUCCUACAUUGUCACCUCUGACAUGGAUCUAGUCUCUGGUGACCCUGGCUUGGAGUUAUCUGACCAGAGUGAUGGCUUGGUGAUGUGGUGGUGGCUCACUAUCUCCAGUUGGAUGGCGGUGCUCUGUGGGUGGGAGUUCUUCAGAGGGCGCUGAAGCAGCUGUCGUAUUUUAUUCAGGCUUUUCCGCAGAGCCGCUCUGUACCGCCUGAGAGGGAUAGAGAGGAAGGAAGAGAAAUGGAGAGAGCAAGAUGUAGAGAGGGAGAGAGAAAUAAAUAGAGGGAGAGAGAGAUUGAAUCCGAGAGAGUGACAGAUGGAGAGAGAAAGUAAGCCACCAUUAACCAUAUAACCACUGAUGCAGUGCAGCUAGCCACAGCUCUGCUCCCACACUGAGAAGCUCAUUUUAAUCAUCUCAAGCUCUCAGCUAUUUCCCCUCUCAACAGCCCUCAUUUAGAAAUGUACUGGAGCUAGCUUCUCAAUUCCCUCUGACUUUGGUUUCAAGUGGCUAUUGAGGGGCCUUCAUAUUAUUACGUUAUAUCAUCUGCACAAGACUGAGCCUUAUUCUAAUUGGCAUUGAAAUGACUCUUUAUAUUUCUAUUUGACUUUGUUUGGGGCUAUUGCUCUAUUACUUACGUCUGCGUCAUGGAGUUGAUCCAUGGGUUGAGUGUGGAGGUGAAGAGGACGAGCCAGGUGGCUAUGGCUGAGGCUGCUGCUGGCGGGUCAUGGCCACUGAGCGUCUCAUAGAAACAGGUGGUGAUGUAAGGCAGCCAGCACACCAGCAGGCACACUGACAAUGGAGAGAAUUAAGAUGGGAGAUUAUUAGAGUAAUUACGUAUAUAUUAUAAGAGCGAGUCAAGGGUAAUCUUAUUGAAAUGCGAUAUAUUUAACAGGAGGUUAUUCGAUUCAUUACGGUAACAUUACAUGUUGAUAUGAAGAAGUCUAUUUAGUAUAUUUAUAUAUUCGCGAGAUUCCUAAAUCACUAACCUUAUUGUAGUGUGUCAUGUUGUUAUAGCACAUUGACCAUUUCAAAAAAACUGAAUUUGACCCGUUACAAAUGUAGCCUACAGAAAGAUGUCAAUAAUAACAGCCACUGAUGGACCUUGAAUGUUAUUUGCUUUUGUUCCUUACAUAAAAGGCUUUUAAUCUGUGUAUCUGCUCAGUGCUCAGAAUGACCAUAUAUCUCAAAUGCCUUGCUCUGUCUGGAUACAGCAACAAAUCGAGAGCUUCAAUGUACUAUUCACAAGGUUAGAACUGGUAUGUAACCACCAAUGAGACUCACCCACAGUUGCCACCAUCACUAUGGAGCUCCUGAAGUAGUUAUUAGCAGGAACAUAAAAACAGUGCUGGUCGUUGCAAACAAACGUCCCUCGCUGCACCUGCUUCCUCGCAAUAUACACAAUGUAUGCAUACAUGGAGCACAUGAUGAGUAUCGGUGCUAUGAUCCCAACCACGAUGAAGAGCAUACUGAAGCCCCUGUAGUCUGGCUGGAAGCUGGGGCCACACAGGAACCUGGUGCUGCUGUAGGUGUAGCUGCCGAAGCCCAGCAGUGGCAAGGCUGCGUUGAUCAGGCCAUAGAGCCACACCAGGACCAGUACCACCCUGGUCCUCUUGGCCGUGCAGAUGGUGGUGUAGCUCAGGGCGAAGCAGAUCUCUGUGAACUUGUCAAUGGUGGCCCAGGUCAGGGAGUGGAUGGAGGCCAGCUGAAGAAGCAGGUAGAGGAAGGCGCUGCCCUGGCAGAGGUGCCCGUCGCUGGGGUAGCCCUGCGGCCUGAGCAGGCUGUUGUAAGCUCCGAAGGGGAUGAUGGAGAGACCCAGGGCCAGGUCACUCAGGCAGAAGCUCAGGGUCAGGGCCCAGGUUUCAGUGUGGAGCUCCUUGUUGAGAAGAACCACCAGUAGUAGAACCACAUUACCACACACACAGCACAGACUGGAGACCACCAUCAGAGCUGCAUAGACCAGGGCCACUGGCUGCAUCCUCCCGGCCUCCUGAUGGAAGAGAAGUCCUCCCUGGGCUGCUGGCUACUCGCUCUCCUCCCGCCUGGUUCAGGCCAUGAGAUCCCACUGACCGAAUGGCUUGCUGGCUGACUGAGGCUGACGUGUGAAGUGCCGUUAUCCUGUGUGUGCCGUGGGCUGGUCCUCGGGGGCUCCAGGGAACUGGUUGCUGUUGUGGAUGUGUCAGUCUCCCGCUGUGCUCUGGGAGGGGAGGCUCCUCUCCAAGUCCUCUAGCUGUCCUCUAAGGGCUUAGCUAGCUCCUCUCUGCCUUGCUGUACACUAUCUCUGCUUCAGAUUGAGGCAGGGAGGGCGAAACAGCCCGCCACACCCCUCUCUCAAGCAGUAGAACUAUGAGAACCGAAAUAUUCAGCCCUAAUGGUGUAAAUACGGAGGCAAACAGUCAAGGAGCUGGUGUGUGGAUACGCAGACUUGCGAGGGAGAGAGCGGUUGUAGCAGAGUUGUGCUGCCGGUGUAAACAGACGCUUGAGAUCUAAUAUCCUCUCCUCCACUAAUGGCUGCCGCACAGUUAAUGAGCCAUUUGGCUCUGGAGUGUUGUUAGGAUAAUUGGCAAGAAGUGUGCCUCUAAUUCAAUCUAAGCUUCCAAUAAUCCAUUAUUGCCUUUCUGCUUUCUUAAGCCCCCUCAUAUAACCUAAUUAUUACCGUUCUUCUGAAAGUUGUUUUUCCUCUCUGGCUGUCCAUAAGGCAGUAGCAGUUAUGUGUGUGUUUGUACAUGGCAAAUUAUUUGAAUAAUUUGAAUAAAACACCCACGUCUAUUAGUGCCUUUGGAAAGGUUGACCUUCCAACAGGACCAUGACACUUAGCACACAGCCAAGACAAUGCAGGAAUGGCUUCGGGACAAGUCUCUGAAUGUUCUUGAGUGGUCCAGCCAGAGCCCUGACUUGAACCCAAUCCAACAUCUCUGGAGAGACCUGAAAAAAAGCUGUGCAGCAACGCUCCCCAUCCAACCUGACAGAGGUUGAGAGGAUGUGCAGAGAAGAAUGGGAGAAACUCCCCAAAUACAGGUGCACCAAGCUUGUAGCAUCAUUCCAAAGAAGACUCGAGGCUGUAAUUGUUGCCAAAGGUGCUUCAACAAAGUACUGAGUAAAGGGUCUGAAUACUUACGUAAAUGUAAUAUUUGUUUUUUAUUAAUAAUACAUUUGCAAAAAUUUCUAAACCUGUUUUUGCUUUGUCAUUAUGGGGUAUUGUGUGUAGAUUUGCAGAGAAAAAAAUACAAUUUAAUCAAUUUUAGAAUAAGAUUGUAACCUAACAAAGUGGAAAAAUUCAAGGCGUCUGAAUACUUUCCGAAUGCAUUUACGUUUAUGAUCAUCACAGCAUUUCAUUGAAUGUGCAUGCAUGUGUACACUUCUACACUGUGUGCACAAUUAUUAGGCAUUAUCAUCAUUAUUAUGCAUAUUUCCCAACUCCAAGCUGUAUAAACUGGAAUGCUUAUUGGAUUUAAGCAUAUCAGGUGAUGUGUAUUUGUGUAAUGAGGGAGGGUGUGGCCCCCUAUAUCAAGGUGUGUAUAAUUAUUAGGCAGCAGCUUUUCCUCAGGUAAAAUGGGCCAAAAAAGUGAUUUAACUGACUCUGAAAAGUCAACAUUUUUAAAAACUAUUUCAGAGGGAUGCAGCACUCUUGAAAUUGCUAAGAUAUUGGGGCAUGAUCACAGAACCAUCAAACGUUUUGUUGCAAAUAGUCAACAGGGUCGCAAGAACCGUGUUGAGAGAAAAAAAGACGCAAAUUAACUGCCAAAGAUUUGAGAAGAAUCAAACGUGAAGCUACCAGGAACCCAUUAUCCUCCAGUGCUGUCAUAUUCCAGAACUGCAACCUACAAGUACAAGGUGUUCAGUGCUCAGAGACAUGGCCAAGGUAAUGAAGGCUGAAACCCGACCACCACUGAACAAGACACAAGUUGAAACGUCAAGACUGGGCCAAGAAAUAUCUGAAGACAGAUUUUUCUAAGGUUUUAUGGACUGAUGAGAUGAGUGACUCUUGACGGACUAGAUGGAUGGGCCCGUGGCUGGAUCAAUAACGGGCACGGAGCUCCACGUCGACUCAGACGCCAGUAAGGUGGAGGUGGGUUACUGGUAUGGGCUGGUAUUAUUAGUGAUGAGCUAGUUGGACCUUUUCGGGUUGAAGAUGGACUCAAACUCAACUCCCAAACCUACUGCCAGUUUUUAGAAGACACUUUCUUCAAGCAGUGGUACAGGAAAAAGUCUGUAUCUUUCAAGAAGACCAUGAUUUUUAUGCCAGACAAUGCUCCAUCGCAUGCAUUGAAGUACUCCACUGCGUGGCUAGCCAGUAAAGGCCUUUUUAAAGAUGAAUGGAUAAUGACAUGGCCCCCUUCCUCACCUGACCUAAACCCUAUUGAGAACUUGUGGUCCCUUCUUAAACGGUCGAUUUACAGCGAAGGAAAACAGUACACCUCUCUGACCAGUGUCUGGGAGGCUGUGGUUGCUCUGCACAAAAAGUUGAUCGUCAACAAAUCAGGAAACUGACAGACUCCAUGGAUGGAAGGCUUAUGACUGUUGUUGAAAAGAAGGGUGGCUAUAUUGGUCACAGAUUUUUUUUUUUGAAAUGUCAGAAAUGUUUAUUUGUAAAUUUUGAGUUGUUUAUUAUUCUCACUUUAACAGAUGAAAAUGAACAAUGAGAUGGAACUUUUCGUUUUUCAUUUAGUUGCAUAAUAAUUCUGCACACUAAUAGUUGCCCAAUAAUUGUGCACACAGAUAUUCUCCAAAGAAAGCCAAAACCUCACUUUUACUUUCUUAAAUAUUCAGGUUUGAGGUUUAUUAACAUUUUUGGAUUGACCGAGAGCACUGUAGUUGUUCAAUAAUAAAAUUAAUCCUCAAACAUACAACUUGCCUAAUAAUUGUGUACACAGUGUAAUUGGAUGACUUUCUAAUGAUCCUUUCCUAACCGUUUUUGUCUCCUCUGUUUGUAGCAUAAUGCACCUAUUCCCCAGGGGGGCCGAGGGGCGGUCCAGUACGUCACUCAGUACCAACACUCCAGUGGACAGAAACGCAUCCGAGUCACCACCACCGCCAGAAAGUAAACAAGCAUACACACAUUACAGAUUUGUCUCACUUCACUUCAGAACAAAACGUACAAUUUACAAAAACACACAAACAUGUGAAUAUGGAUUUGAUUCAUCAUUCAGAGCACAUCUUCUUUUCAAAGUAACUACUGGACUUUUUCUACCACUUUUCAUUCCACUAUGGAGCUGCAUCUGCAAGCUCACCUUGUUUCCAUAGCAACACUGUAGGGAGCGAGGGUAAAGUGGUUGUUGUGUUGUCUUCUCCCCUGAUCAGAGGAGGAGAUGGUCUUGGUUGUUAGUGUCAAACGUGUAUUUAUCAGACACUGACUGAGCCUUUAGCGGUCAUAUGACUACGGUAAAGACACUCAGUAUGGGUUAUGAUCAAUGUUGCAGUUCAUGUUUGUUAGCAUGAGAUCUGUGUUUAUACAAUGCUUAACAUGUUGCAGGGCAGUGGCGAGAGAAAAUGUGUAUAGAUAAGCCGUCAUUCCCAGGCUGUUAAAAGAUCAGUUCCAUUUACCUAGACUUAAAUUACAGUAUGGGUUGGAUUUAAUUUACAAGGGUUAUUAUGACAAAGGGCUUUUAAAUGCCAAGGCAACCAGAACUGUAACAUCUAACGUAAUGCCCCUUAUUUAACUAAUUUCUCCAUAAAAUCUAUGGUAGAGAUUAAUUGUGUGUGGUAUCACUUUUUCAUUGUGGAGGAGAACCUUACAACUAAACAAAAACAAAAAAACAUAAGUGUGUCAAAUGAUCGACGAUGCUUAUGUAGGUUGUUUCUCUUUCUCUCACUCCCCCCCCCCCCCCCCCCCCCCCUCUCAGCUGGGCAGAUGCAGGGACCCAGAUCCAGAGCAUUGCAGCAUCAUUUGAUCAGGAGGCCUCAGCCAUCCUAAUGGCUAGACUGGCUGUGUACCGCGCUGAGACCGAGGAGGGCCCUGACGUGCUUCGCUGGCUGGACAGACAGCUCAUCCGGCUGGUAAGACCGAGACAGAGCAACACCAUCUAUUAGCACCUCGCCACAGACUUCAUAAAUGGGCCGGUUGUUAAAACAUUGAGAUUAUAAAAUGAAACAAUGUCAUUAUUUGCUGCUGCUAACCAGUGAAAGUAGCAAUUUCCAGGCUAGCAGGCACGGGGAAAUUGUGGGAUGAAGUGUGACAUUUUUAAGUGUGGACUCAGUGGCAGGCAGGGUUUUAUAAUGGGUUUGAAUUGCCUUUUUCUCUCUCUGUUCUAGUGUCAGAAGUUUGGAGAUUAUCAUAAGGAUGAUCCCAACUCCUUCCGCUUCUCAGAAACCUUUUCUCUCUAUCCCCAGGUAAGUGAUCAUGGGCUGAGAGGCUGAUUGGCUCUUUAGUGGAACGACACAUUUGUAGCUAGUACAUACAUGUAUGAUAAAUAUAUUUAAGCUGAAGAAGGCACAGUGAUGCUGAAACUUUGGUGUUUUACCCAAUAAAUUACUUAUAUACACACACACACAGUACCGGUCAAAAGUUUUAGAACACCUACUCAUUCAAGGGUUUUUCUUUAUUUUUACUAUUUUCUACAUUGUAGAAUAAUAGUGAAGACAUCAAAACUAUUUAAAAAAAAAAACACAUAUGGAAUCAUGUAGUAACCAAAAAAGUGUUAAACAAAUCAAAAUAUAUUUUAUAUUUGAGGUUCUUCAAAUAGUCACCCUUUUCCUUGAUUACAGCUUUGCAUACUCUUGGCAGUCUCUCAACCAGCUUCACCUGGAAUGCUUUUCCAACAGUCUUGAAGGAGUUCCCACAUAUGCUGAGCACUUGUUGGCUGCUUUUCCUUCACUAUGCAGUCAGACUCAUCCCAAACCAUAUCAAUUUGGUUAAGGUCGGGGGAUUGUGGAGGCCAGGUCAUCUGAUGCAGCACUCCAUCACUCUCCUUGGUAAAAUAGCGCUUACACAGCCUGGAGGUGUGUUGGGUCAUUGUCCUGUUGAAAAACAAAUGAUAGUCCCACUAAGCCCAAACCAGAUGGGAUGGCCUUGAAUUGUAAAUAAAUCACAUACAGUGUCACCAGCAAAGCACCCCCACACCAUAACACCUCCUCCUCCAUGCUUUACGGUGGGAAAUACACAUGCGGAGAUCAUCCGUUCACCCACACCGCAUCUCACAAAGACACGGCGGUUGGAACCAAAAAUCUCCAAUUUGGACUCCAGACCAAAGGACACAUUUCCACUGUUCAAACGUCCAUUGCUCGAGUUUCUUGGCCCAAGCAAGUCUCUUCUUCUUAUUGGUGUCCUUUAGUAGUGGUUUAUUUGCAGCAAUUAGACCAUGAAGGCCUGAUUCACACAGUCCCCUCUGAACAGUUGAUGUUGAGAUGUGUCUGUUACUUGAACUCUGUGAAGCAUUUAUUUGGGUUGCAAUUUCUGAGGCUGGUAACCUUAAUGAACUUAUCCUCUGCAGCAGAGGUAACUCUGGGUCUUCCAUUCCUGUGGCGGUCCUCAUGAGAGCCAGUUUCAUCAUAGCGCUUGAUGGAUUUUGCGACUGCACUUGAAGAAACUUGAAAAGUUCUUGACAUUUUCCGUAUUGACUGACCUUCAUGUCUUAAAGUAAUGAUGGACUGUCGUUUCUGUUUGCUUAUUUGAGCUGUUCUUGCCAUAAUAUGGACUUGGUCUUUUACCAAAUAGGGCUAUAUUCUGUAUACCCACCCUACUUUGUCACAACAUGAUUCCAUGUGUGUUAUUUCAUAGUUUUGAUGUCUUCACUAUUAUUCUACAAUGUAGAAAAUAGUAAAAAUUAAGAAAAACCCUUGAAUGAGUAGGUGUUCUAAAACUUUUGUUUUGACCGGUAGAGUGUAUGUAUGUAUGUAUGUAUGUAUGUAUGUAUACAUACACACACACACACACACAUAGAUAUAAAUAGAGUGUGCGACUCUUUGUUUUUAUAGCUUACAAAUAUCUUUAACCUAACUUUUUUUUUAAAGUAAUAUAAAGAGGAUUUUAAAAAGCACAUUAUAGCUUUUCCUUUGUCCCUCAGUUUAUGUUCCACCUAAGAAGAUCUCCUUUCCUGCAAGUGUUCAACAACAGUCCAGAUGAGAGCUCAUACUACAGACACCAGUUCAUGCGUCAGGACCUGACCCAGUCUCUCAUCAUGAUACAACCCAUUCUCUACGCCUACUCCUUCAACGGGCCCCCAGAGGUAAGACCUAACACACACACACACACACACACACACACACACACACACAGAGACACACCAUCCUCUACGCCUACUCCUUCAACGGGCCCCCAGAGGUAAGACCUAACACACACACACACACACACACACACACACACACACACACACACACACACACACACACAGAGACACACCAUCCUCUACGCCUACUCCUUCAACCGGCCCCAGACGUAAGUCACACACAUUUUUAUUUCCAUUGAAAAAUGAAAUUUGCUUUCCUUCCUCUUUAAAAACAUAAAUCAUGGAUGCUUUGGCUUACUGUACGAGCUAGUCUUCUUAUGUAUUAAAUGAUAAAAUCUCUGACUCUCUCACCUCCCUCCCACUCACAUUCUGCAGGCUUAGCUGUGUUGCCUAGGUCAGCAGAGAGAGUGCACUAAUACCUUGGUCCUUUUAUUACAGAUAAGCUUGCGGUUAUGUGGUUAAUAAUGAGUGUAGUGUGUGAGUACAGUAGUGUGUUCCGGGCCAGCGCUCCUUUCAGUGCAGAUAUCAACAGUGUGGUUUUUAACACCUUACAGACAGACAGCGUAGUGCACACCUCUCUGAAAAGGGUAAGUUAUUUAAUUGGUUAAUCCUUAAGAGUCUAAGCCGGGCGGGCGGGGGGGUUGAUCAUUUAGCUAUUACCAAGGAUCAUUUAGCUAUUUGAUUUAGAAUUUUAGGACCCCUUAAGGUAGAAAAUAUACACUACCGUUCAAAAGUUUGGGGUCACUUAGAAAUGUCCUUGUUUUCGAAAGAAAAGCAAUUUUUUUGUCCCUUUAAAAUAACAUCAAAUUGAUCAGAAAUACAGUGUAGACAUUGUUAAUGUUGUAAAUGGCUAUUGUAGCUGGAAAUGGCUGAUUUUGUAAUGGAAUAUCUACAUAGGCCUACAGAGGCCCAUUAUCAGCAACCAUCAGUCCUGUGUUCCAAUGGCAUGUUGUGUUUGCUAAUCCAAGUUUUUCAUUUUAAAAGGUUAAUUGAUCAUUAGAAAACCCUUUUGCAAUUAUGUUAGCAAAGCUGAAAACUGUUGUGCUGAUUAAAGAAGCAAUAAAACUGGCCUUCUUGAGACUAGUUGAGUAUCUAGAGCAUCAAUAAUUGUGGGUUCGAUUACAAGGCUCAAAAUGGCCAGAAACAAAUAACUUUCUUCUGAAACUCGUCAGUCUAUUCUUGUUCUAAGAAAUGAAGGCUAUUCCAUGCGAGAAAUUGCCAAGAAACUGAAGAUCUCGUACAACGCUGUGUACUACUCCCUUCACAGAACAGCGCAAACUGGCUCUAACCAGAAUAGAAAGAGGAGUGGGAGGCCCCGGUGAGCAAGAGGACAAAUACAUUAGUGUCUAGUUUGAGAAACAGACGCCUCACAGGUCCUCAACUGGCAGCUUCAUUAAAUAGUACCCGCAAAACCCCAGUCUCAACUUCAACAGUGAAGAGGCGACUCCGGGAUGCUGACCUUCUAGGCAGAGUUGCAAAGAAAAAGCCAUAUCUCAGACUGCCCAUCUUAAUCUUUUAUUUUUAUUGGCCAGUCUGAGAUAUGGCUUUUUCUUGCAAUUCGACUCUAGGGUGUUUAGUCCCAAAUGGCUCCCUAAUCUCUAUAGUUCACUACUUUUGACCAGGACCAAUGGGGCUCUAGUCAAAGAUGGUGCACUGCGUUGGAAAUAGGGUGCCAUUUGGGACUCCGCGUUAGUCAUCUGGCUCUGUAUCAGAUGUAAUGCAUGUAACCAGGAGAUGCAGUGCUUCAGGUGUUUAUUUUUUAGAUUAGCAGAGACCUAGGAUGCGUCCCAAAUGGCACCUUAUUCCCUAUAUAGUGCACUACUUUUGACCAGGGCCUACUAUAUAGGGAAUAGGGUGCCAUUUGGGAUGGAGUUCUAAUGUUUUCACUGGCUCUGAGUCUUGACUCUGUCCACUCCUGCCUGUUAAACAUUGAAAGAGUAAUAUUCUUCUCCAUCUUUUUGCCCCUUGUCAAGCAGAUGGCGUCAAGUAUUAACAGAGCCACUGUUUCUAUCUGCACUGUUUCUGUUUCCUUUAAAAUGGCCACCACACUAUAAAACAGAAGAUAUACUACUACCUGUCUGUCAAGAUCAUCCAUCUUUGUAUUUUUUGUACCUGAGAUUGGGGUUGGUAUGUUGUGACCUUGAGAGCUUGUUUUGGAAGGAUAAAUGCCAAUAUUUUGACGUUCUUAUCAGUGUCUGGGGUUAAACCCCCAUCCCUCUAAUCCUUGACAAACCUGGUUUAAUCUUGAAACAGCAUUAUUGAUUGGAUCUGAAUUAGAAGGAUACCAUUUAGUUUGGAGGGCAGUGGUUUACAACGGUAUCUCUUUUCUCUCCAUUUAGCCUGUGUUCAGUAUCCUGCUUAUUAUAUAAUUUCAAGGUGGUGUAAAAUUAAAACAGUAUUUUCUCCCCUUAGCCUUUGUUGCUGGACAGCAGCAGUAUCCUUCCUGAUCGCAUCCUUCUCAUGGACACCUUCUUCCAGAUCCUCAUCUACCAUGGAGAGGUACAUUCAUCAGUCAUCAAAUCAUAAUCAACAUGGCCACUCACAGACUACUUAAAAACUGUCGUCAUCGGUGACAGGCCAGGACAUGACCCUCCAUGUCCUCUUAAUGGUCUCACCACUCACACAGCUACCAUCUUUACACGCAGUGAGAGGCGUCUCUCUCUCUAUCAAGUGAUUUUAUCGUAACGCUAGACUGAUUUAGUUUCUGGUUGCAGCCAGAUACUAUUGUCCUUAUUUGACAUUUGUGAAUAGAUGGGUGAGCAGUGGAUGAGAGAUCAAUAGCCGAUUCUGAAUACAGACAGAUCUUCAAUAUAAUGUCAGAGUGGGGUUCAAUGGCCAAUAAUCCAGUGAGAUGCACUGUUAUGAAGAGAGACUGUGUUUCCUAUUGAAAUCAAAUCCAGUCAUUGCUAUUGAAGUGAAGUCAAGCAAAACUAAUCUGCUCCUUUUAUCUCUUUCUCAGCUCUGUAAAGGUCUUCAUGUAAUUCUUCAUGUCUUCAGGACCACUCUGACUGACUGUCCCCAUUCCCUCUCGUUCUCUUUCUCUCCCUCUCUUCUCUCUCUCGCCAACCCUCCCCCUGUCUCUCUCUAACCCUCUCUCUCUGUCUAUCCAUCAGACUGUCUCUCAGUGGCGUAAGGCAGGCUACCAGGAGUUGCCAGAGUACGAGAACUUCCGCCACCUGCUGCAGGCUCCAGUGGACGACGCCCAGGAGAUCCUCCACAGCCGCUUCCCUAUGCCCCGCUACAUAGACACAGAGCAUGGCGGAUCACAGGUGUGUACACACACAAACAUUUCUGUGAAUGUCAACUGUAAAGUCUAUUACAACCUCCUGUGUUGAUGUUCUUGUUGUGUUCUAGGCUCGAUUCCUGCUAUCUAAAGUAAACCCAUCACAAACCCACAACAAUAUGUAUGCAUGGGGCCAGGUAAGACUUAAUUUUCUACUGUCUAUUUUCUAUUGUCAUUUGCCCAGGAACUAGAAGAAGAUACUAUUCAUAAAAAGUCCAAAUUGCUAAGGAUGGUGUUAUUAGUAUGGUUUUAUGUAAAGGCUGAGCACGUUGCCUCUUUCUGAAUGGCGUGUAUUGUAUGUGUGUAAUAAUGACUGGUGGUCCUGGAGGAGCGUAGGGUCGAGUGUGUUAGCAAUAAUGAAAGUCAUUAUAUGGCUGGAGAGAAGGAGACCCUGUACUUGGUUUUCAAGGCUUUCAGCUGCUACUACUGCUUAUUAGAGGAGACAGUAGUGGACCUGUGGAACCUUCUGGAUUAUUACAUGGACACAGUCACACAUACUUUUGAGACGCACACAAUUCUACUCCUGUUCUUGACUCAUAAUUUUUCUACAACUCCUACUUGUUGUCUGUAUUCUUUACACAAGCAGGUAAAUUCUGAAUAAAUGAGUAGUCCUCCCACUUUUUUGUUGUUGUGGAGAAUGAAGAUGUAACUACUUCCCAAGAUUGUAUAAGGGCAAUUCCAUGGUAACGGUGACACAGACUCAGAUUUUUCACUUUAAAUGUCAAACAAAAACCAAUGAUUGUAAAGUUAAACAAACCAUACAAUUAUAUGCACAAGGACUACUUUUAACAAUUCCCACUGCCAAUUAAAAAACUAAACUGUUACUUGAAGAACAGUGCAGAUCCAAAGUUUGGUAAUAGUGACAGCACAAACCAUAAUUCUGUCACCAAACGUUGCAUCCUGCACUGUUCUUCAAGUAAAUGUGUGAAGUUUUCUGUGGAAAUUGUUAAAUUUAGUCUUUGUGCAUAGAGUUAUAUGGUUUGUUUGACAUUUAAACUGAAAAAUCUGUGUCACUCUGUUAUCGUGGAAUUGCCCAUAACUGAAUUCCACUCUCCUCCUCUCUGUGUGUAGGAGUCAGGUGCUCCCAUCCUGACAGAUGACGUCAGUCUACAGGUGUUCAUGGACCACCUAAAGAAGCUGGCUGUGUCCAGCGCUGCCUGA